CAAAACACGACGGAAAGAAACUUGUCAUUGAGCUAAUGGAUGGCAUGGUUCACAUGUGUGAAUGGGAAGGUAGCUGGUUUCAAUGUAUUUCUUUGCUUUGGCAAACGAGAAAUUAGUCUAUUGCUGAGAAACGUCUGUUUGACAGAACACGUAAACAUUAAAACUGUGGGAACGCUACGGACUGAGCAAAAUGUCAGAAGAAUUAACUUUUGUGCGAAAAUAAACGACUCAUUCUCACACUCGAACCUAUGCAAACGUUAUGAAUUAAAGAUACAACUGUGCCGCUCAAAAUUUCACGCCAUGGCGACUAAUGAAGCGACAGUGUCGGAGAAUUGCUCCCAGAAGGAUGAAAGCUGUGUUCCAGACAUCAACGUUAAGACAAACUGUGGUAAACGUAAAAGCGACGACACUGAUAAGCCAGCAACACAAGAAGGAUCUAAAAAGCGAAGGAAAUGCGGUAAACAGCGUUCAGGUGAGCGGUACGUCCCGCCUCCGCAGAAACGCAACCCGGGUGUGAGUUUCAGUCAGGAACAUUUUGCAGAAACCUCGUAUUAUUUUGAGGAUGGACUUCGCAAAGUGUAUCCGUACUAUUAUGAUUUUAAGACGUAUUGCAAGGGACGUUGGAUCGGUAAAACUCUGUUCGAAGUGUUCAAAAGUGAAUUUCGAUCCGAGUCAAUGGACUACUAUAAUAAAGCAGUGAAAGCUGGGCGGAUUAGAUUGAAUGAAACACCCGUGGAUGACCUAAACAUAACACUUAAGAACAAUGACUAUUUGAGAAACACAGUGCAUCGGCAUGAACCUCCUGUGAAUGGUCAGCCCAUGGAGGUUCUGGUAGAUGAUGGUGAAGUUGUGGUGGUAGAUAAGCCUGCGUCACUACCAGUGCAUCCCUGCGGACGUUACCGCCACAAUACAGUCAUCUUCAUUCUGGGCAAGGAGAAUGGCCUUAGUGGUCUCCAUACAGUACAUCGACUGGACCGCCUCACUUCGGGUGUGUUGCUGUUUGCUCGUACGUUGGAGGUCUCCAAGAAACUGGACGCGAUGGUUCGAGAAAGACAGUUAGAGAAGGAAUAUGUCUGUCGUGUGGAUGGAGAGUUUCCUGAUGGUGAGGUCAUAUGCGAGGAACCCAUACUGGUGGUGUCUUUCAAGGUGGGUCUCUGCAGAGUUGAUCCCAAAGGCAAAGAAUGCCGUACGGUCUUCCAGAAAUUGAGCUAUAAUGGACGGUCUAGUGUAGUGCGUUGCCUGCCCCUUACAGGUCGUACUCACCAGAUUCGGGUCCAUCUUCAGUAUCUUGGCUUCCCGAUCCUCAACGAUCCCAUCUAUGGGUCUUCUGCGUGGGGUCCGAACAGAGCCAAAGGAGGACUGGUGGGUAUGAGCAAUGAAGAGAUCCUAGAAGCCCUCAUAGAAGAGCACCGUUCUAAGGAGAGUUUACAUUUGUUGGAUUUACCUGAUGAUGAAGUCUCUGGAAAGAAUGGACCAAAGACGGAGAGUAGUGAUGGUGAACACAAUAGCCAAAUGAAAAGUGUACCUGAGCCAAGUGAUGCCAGUUCUUGUGAUGCGCCCCUUGCAUGUGAAACUGAAGCAGAGAAGAAUGGUGUUCAGAAAGAAGAGGACUCUGUUGUAGAAGAACCCACUAAAACUGAAGCUUUUGUUAGAGAUCAUUUAUGUGGCGAGUGUAAAAUUGUGCGGCCCGAUCCAACAGAGAAGGAUUUGGUGAUGUACCUACAUGCAUUGCGCUACAAAGGACCUGACUUUGAAUAUAGCACCCGACUGCCUGACUGGGCUAAAGAAGACUGGAUUCAGGAUUAAACAUGAAUCAGAUUAAUCAACAUUACUUACCUAAAACCACAGCGAAUAAGAGUGGACACGGGUGAAAAAGCAUCUUUUUGUUACUGAAUCUAUUCAGUGUGAAAUGAAAGUGGUUUCAUUUUAAUUUGCCAGAUUUUGGUAUUUUAUUUUGGAUUACUCAGAGCUAGGAUUUAAGUUUGUUUUACGUCUGCACACUUUAAUAUGAAUAUGAUGUCUUUCAACUGGAGCAUGCAGCAAUAAAAUACUGACUUAAGUAAAAAAAAGAA